ACUAGAAGCUUCCAAUCGGCGGCGGCGGGAGGCGGGAGAUCUUUGGAAGAGUGUGAUUAGAUUCCGGAUGGAGGAGGACUCUGAGGGGGCAGACGGCGGUAUGAGAGGCACCGGUAGAGUAGGACGCAACUUGAAAGCCUGGCUGCAGGACCAGUACUGUGACCAUGAGCUGGAGCAGUGUCAGGACACACUGCUACAUAAUGCUGCCUGUGUGGGGGAUAUUGAUACACUGAGGACACUAUUGCAAGAGGAGAGAUUUCUAAGACGUAUAAAUGAGAAGUCAGUGUGGUGCAGCGGAUGGCUCCCCUGCUCCCCUCUACGCAUUGCAGCAACAGCUGGCCAUGCAGAUUGUGUCUCUCUCCUGAUCCAUCAUGGGGCUGAGCUGGAGCUAGUGGAUGUAAAAGGGCAAACUCCUCUGUUUGUGGCCACAGAAAAUGGACACUUGGAAUGUGUGCAGGUUCUUCUGAAAGCUGGAGCAGACCCUAAUGGCAGCCCGCAUAAUCGGAGUUCACCGGUACAUCAUGCAGCUCGUAUGGGCAGGGCUGAUAUAUUAAAAGAGCUGAUAAGAUAUGGUGCAGAUGUGGAUGUUGAUCAUCAGCUGUCAUGUGGUUUGGGAUCUUCCCCUCGAUGUCUGACAUCAUUAUCAUGCACACCACUGUAUAUUAGUGCAGCGUAUGACAGUUUUCCUUGCUUCCGUCUCCUGCUUCAGGCUGGUGCCAACCCUGACUAUAACAGCUGGAGUAUGGUAUGCGAAAAAAACUUUUCACGGGCGUCUCCAUCUUGUCUGUUAGAGGCAGUUCUCCGGCAUGGAUGUGAUCAACCAUUUGUUCAGCUGCUUAUCGACUAUGGGGCAAAUCUGAGUCUUCUACGCAAGGAACCUAGUGUUGAGGAAAGCUCCAGGAGAAAAGUGAACCAAGAGGCUCUGAAACUCUUCAGGGAGGCAAGAUGUUGUACACGAACCCUAUCAAGUUUAUGUCGUAUUGCUGUGCGGAGGGCAAUUGGAAAACAUAGAUUGUCCUGUAUGAAUAGCCUCCCUGUUCCAUCCCGUGUUCUGCACUACCUUCUUUAUGAGGACGGAUGCUAGCUUUUACCAUGCAUGUCUACAACAUUUACCCAAAAUUCUGCUAUAUGGAAAUAUCUUCCUUGCGCAUUGCAUGAAAAACAAGCCUUUAUGGGGGAUGGAUUGUCAUCAUGAAAACAGUGCCUUAUUUUACUUUGCAAGCAAAAAACAAUGUUGGUGCGUUACACUAAAGGGCACAUGUCCAAUUCUGGCUAAUGAUACUGUAAAUAAGAUAACCAGUAUAAAUUAUUAUGCAAAUUUCCAAUAAAGCUAUGGGAAGAACUUACAAAAUGGGGGGGGGGGGGGAAUCCUGUUGCUGUAACUGCUUAAAAAGUGUUAGUUGGAAUUUGGUUUCAGUUUAGUGCAACUAAAUUUGCUAGUACAUCUAACACUCCCCCCAGACUGCAAUGCUGCUGUCCAAAGGUACCUAUGUACCUUCAUACAGACUGUAGGCAUUGUAAUACCAGGUGGAUUGCUGACCAGAUCACCAGGUGAAAACAGAGGGGGGGGGAGCUUAACACAACUAACGGAGACACCAUAUCUAAUUAAUGGUAAGCUGCAUUAUAUUACACUUUUGAUUUUGGGUUCAACAACUCUUUAAGAAAAAUGAACAUAUAAUAUCAUCGCUGGGUAGAAAUUGCAGUUUUUGAAUGCAAAACAUAAUUGGACAAUAAUUUACUGCAAGGAUACCCAUUAACUUUGCCGUUGCGAAAGCUGUAUAUGUAUCCAAUAGUUAACAAUAAAAGAAGUUCACUGUA